AUGAUCAUCAAGAGCAUAGAAGAUAAGGAUCUGCGGAUCAAGAUCAUGAGGGAAGAUACAGCUGCUGGUAUGUUACAAGCUCUUGAAAGAAUCUAUACAUCUCCAAGUAGAAAGAUUUACCUAAACCAGAAGCUUAAUGGUUUCAAGAUGAACGAGAGUCGGUCUGUUGAGGAAAAUAUCGAUGAGUUUCAGGGAUUGGUUUCUGAUCUGAGUUAUAAUAAUGUCUCUGUGUCUGAUGAAGAGCAGGUGUUACUUUUGUUACACUCUUUGCCAGAGAGAUUUGAUCAUCUUAGAGACGUGAUUCGGUAUUGUGGAAGAAACUUCACACCAGAUUAUGUCGUUUCUGCUGUGCUAACCAAAGAGUUAGAGUUUGACAGAAGAGAGAGGUAA